AAAUGACGUGAUCCUCGUGAAGGAUCUACCACCAACCUUAAAGAACGCAAAGAAAAGGAAAGGAUUUCCAACUUUUAAACCUAGAAUUACUACUACUCCUGCCUUUUAUAUCUCUGAAAUUAUUCUACAUUUGAGGAAAACGAAGGCUGCUGGGUUAAUUUUGUCAGAUGGAGGAAGCUUGCAGGCCAAUGUUAAUGAACCAUCUGAUGGUAUUGAGGGCGAUUGUGAGAGUUCAAGGGAUGAAGUUUCAUCUAUUUCUUCAUACAGUACUAUGAAGAAAAAUAUACACACAUCUAUUUCUGCAGCCGUCAUGUGCCAAAGGCCGCAGAUGGUGGCGAUAGAGGUACCAAAGGUGGAGGUAGGUUAGGUGGCAGCAUCUACAUCACUGGUCCCCUGAAUCUUUAAUAGCAAUGGAAAAUAAAUGUUGGAAGCUUGCACAAAUUUAUCAGUGGUUGAAAGAGCGGAUACGAGUGAUUGAACUAACUUGAGGUCCCCUGCUAUUGUGAUAUUAC